AUGUGUCUCCAUGGCAAUGACAGAAGAGACCGAGUAUACAGGCGUCCAGGGGAACAGUUCUCGCAAUGCUGUUUCGCUGAAACAGUAUCAUAUGGCGGUGGUUCAGUCACGAUGUGGGCUGGAAUAUCUUAUGAAGGGAAGGCCGAGCUUGUUUUCGUGCCUGGUGGUGGUCGGAGUGGUGGUCUAACAGCUCAAAAGUACGUGGAAAACAUUCUCCUCGAUCAUGUUGUACCUUAUGCAGGCAUUCGAGAAGUAUGUUUAACUGACAAAUACGAUAAGAAAUAUUUGGGAAGCGAGCCUUUGCUGUCAAAUUCGAGUCGCAAUGAAUUUGAGAUACCUCGUCUGUUUCGCGAUGGCUUGUUCUCCGACACUCUGGACCCUCAAGCCAGGUUUGCAUGGACUGAUGAGGAUGGUAACAUUGCAUCACUCGUCUCCGAGCCAGGGUUUGGUACCACUGGAACAACCUUCGGAAAGGAUCUGGAUGUAGAGUUGCACACCAAGGACGACUCGUCUAAUUCUGGAUUCGAAAUUUCUAGAAAUAGAAUAACACUGCAGAGUAAAACUCCAAUCGAGACCAAUACCGUAACUUCUACAUCGACCUCUACCUCCAGUACAUCAAGACACUUGUACCUGUGCACUUGUCCACACCUAUCACAUGUGUUCCUUGAUCUUGAUGUAUUUGAUGCUGAACGUCGGUACCUUGUUGUGCUCCUUGGUAUUGCUGCUUCACGACGGGAUGGGGAUCUCGAGACUCUUCCUAUAAAGUGUAGUGAUGCAUCCUCCAAUGCUUUAGUUUGCUGCUUGGUUGCUUCACACCUUUUGGCUAUAUUGACAGCAUCAUCUAGCGUCUUGGAUAUCUCUAUGAACCAAUCAAAAGGUCGAAAUAUUCACAAGGUUGAUAAGACAGACCCCCGCUCCAGAUAUCAUUACGUCAAGUAUGUCAAGAGACAUGGGCGGACUGUUAAAUUAUGGGAAUGUGGUAUAUGCAGUCGUGAGUUCCAACACCAGUACACUCUGAUGCGACAUCUACCAACUCACACCGACGAGAGAAAUUUCCACUGUGACGAAUGCUCCAAGAGCUUUCGUCAACUUUCCACUCUGAGCCAACAUCGGGCCAUACAUUCAGCUGAAAGACCUUAUGCUUGCGAGGUCUGCAACAAAACCUUUAACCGCGUAUCCACCCUCAUCUCCCACCGCAAGACUCACUCCGACGAGAAGCCUUACAAGUGUCAUAUCUGUCCAAAAGGCUUUCAUCAGAAAGGUAACCUUCGGAACCAUCUUUAUGCGCACACGAACGAGAGGCCAUAUCGCUGUAAUAUUUGCUUGAAAGGCUUCAAUCAACAGUCCAAUCUUGUUUGUCACAAAAAUAAAGCCCAUCCCGAUGAAGGCAACGUAAAUAAAGCUAAGAGUAGAAACGCACCACGCGGUCCAAUUAUAUCUGCUAAUAAGACAAAAACUGAUACAGCAAGACCACAAACAGAUCAAUGUGAAGUGACGUCAUCUGUCGGUCCUUACCUACCAUCAGUAGAACGACCUACACAAAUAUGGCCUAAACCGAUCCAGCUGGAUGGUAUAAAGUCUGAAUUAUUCUCCACCGAUUUAUGGAACGCAUCACCGUGGGGUGGAGUGAUAGUAGACCCUAUCAAUACUUACCAUAUGGGAGUAGCUUUGGCUACGAGACAAACACCUUUUGCUUUGCUGAAAUCGGAUAAUGGUACUCCAGUGCUUGUAAAAAUCGUUGAUACGCAACUUCCUGGUGGUAAACAGAUGUUGGUACCCGCAACAGCAGAAGAUUUGAAAAUUGGCGGUAAGGUUGUUCUUAACAAUGAGAGUCUGUCGACUGAGAGUCAGGUAAGAAAUAGCGCUGUUCAAAUUCGUGUACCAGUAGUAGCCACUGUAGUUCCCAAAAUGAACCCUGGAGGAAAACUUCAGUUGUCAGUUGAGGAACCACACCACGUCUAUCACAGUGCGUUGUCAUCUAAUGAUGGUACAAACAAAGUGAACCCAUGCACUGCUCCCGUCUCUUCUCCACCCUCUGCCCUUCCUCCUUUGGAACCGAUGCGACGUCUCGACCUAAAUACCUAUAAUGAGCAGAGUCUACGAUCUGUUUGUUUAUCUUCUCCUGUGUCCUCAUCACCUCUCGACCUCAUUUCCUUGGACCUCUUCGACCCUAUAGGAUGCAUUCCAUUGGGUCCACAAAUAACAUCGGUAGACAAUAUCGAAAACCGACCUCCGUCUGAAGACUCGGAUAUAUUUAUUGAAAAAUUUGAAGAAAUCAUUCCCUUGUCUGAUUCGGACUGA